AUGGAAGAAGAGUAUGGAAAUCCUGGUUCGAGUUCUUCAACCUCUGCAGGACAUAAUCAAUGCGAUUAUGUUGACAAGAGUCUUUCAACUAAUUCGGCUUUUAUCAUUAACAAAAAUAUAACAAAAACUGAAGAAGGGCAUAAGGCCAAUAUUGAUCGUGCUAAGGAGUUAAUGAAAGACUUAAGAGAUCCAUCAAAUUUAAUUAGUUUUAAGUAUUUAGUUGAAGACCUUGAAAUAGAACCUUCUUCUGCACCAUUAUUAAAAUUAUUAGUUGAUGCACUUUUAUUACUUAGUGAUGCUUCUUUAUUUGACGUCAAAUAUUAUACAAGAAAUACUAUUCCACAAUUAGAAUUGCAUCUCCGAACUUUAGUUACCACCUUAGAAGUAGUGUUUUAUUCUCCUACUGUAUUAACUCGUGAAACUCUUGAUAAACUCUAUAGUAAUUUAGACAAUUUUGUUGAUGUUCACUAUCGGGUAACUGAAAUGUUUAACCAAGAUGAAUUUUUACAACGUUUUAAAGAAAGCAUUUUAACUCUUAUUAGUGGUGCUUCUAAAAUACAUUCUGUCACUUCUGGAAAUAUUCCUACUGCACUUGAUAAUUCACUUAUUAAUAAUACUUUACCAGGAAUUAGAAAUGUUUUAAAUUUUAAAUAUCCUAUUGCUUAUUGGUAUCCAGAGUGGCGUAACCUCUUAUUAAUUCAUUAUUCAUUAAAAGCUUUGGCAAGAGGUUCAAAUUUUAACAUUUUACGGUUCUAUAAUGAGGCUUAUAUACUUGAAUCACUUUGGCAACAUGCUUUUAAUCGAGGGUGUGAACAACAAAAACAUGAUGAUAAUUUAACUAUCCUGAAUAAUCAUAAAGCUUUUCGUGAAUUAUGGACUAGAAAAGAGCCAACUGCUCUACCGAACUCUUUAUGGUUUGGCGUAUUAGACCUUGCUCAAAAUUUAAGCCGUCAAACUGUUCAACCUGUCAAUUUAGCUCUUUGUUACUAUUUAGGCUUGGAAUCAUUGCAAAAGUCUCAAUGCUACUAUAUUCAAUUCAAAUCUUUAGAAUUACUUAUUUCUCUAUCUUAUCAGGAGCCUAAGUGGUUUAAAGAUAUAGUACAAGAAGAAAUAGAGAAAUUUAUUGAAGUAUUACCAGUAAAUUCUCAUCUAAAAUUUAAAAACCUAAUUCAUGAUAUAAAUCAAAAGCUUCAACUAAAUAAUGAAUUUUUAGAACAUUUUAGUAUCGAUUAUGAAAAGAAAUCGAUAAUCAAGAACAAUAUGCCAGAUAAAACAUCUAAUCCUUUAUUAAAAAUAGUUGUUGAGAACUUUACCUGUAAGAUUACUGGACAAAUAACUGGAGAUUUUCUUAUUUUAUCAUGUUGUGGUAAUACAGUCAGCCGUGAUGCUAUUAAUAAGUGGGAAAGCGUUUCAAUAUCCGAGAAUAAAUUAUUUAAAUGUCCAUUUUGCAGAUCUGAAAUUAAGAUGGAAUCAAUCUAUAGUCUUGCACAAAAUGCAAUGAUAAAAGGCCUUUAUAAAAGGUUAGCGCAAAUGAAAGGGGAACAAAUAUCGGAUGAUGAUUUAUCUUUAACAAUUAAUAAGAUGAAUGUAUUUGAGAUUCAUAAGUCUUCAAAAUCACUCAGUUCAGUUUUGAAAAAAUUUCCAAAAAUUUUACAUCCAGCAUUAAAUAAAGCAACUAAAGCCGAACAACAAAAGGAUUAUACAACAGCUAUACAUUUGCAUAUUGGAAACUUAAAUUAUAUUCUCAAGCUUUAA